AUGGUUCGAUUCGCCGUAGCCUUUGGCGCAUUCCUAUAUAAAAUUGAGAAGAUUUUGAUCAACACGAAACCAGAAGUUUUGAAAAAACAGCCAUUUGGAGUUAUUCCAGUUUUGGAAGAUGAUGAUUAUCUAAUUUAUGAAUCUCGUGGUAUCUGUCGGUAUCUUGACCAAAAGUAUAAAGAUCAAGGAAGUGCCUUGGCACCUAAUGUUACCGAUGUCAAAGCAUUUGGAAAAUUUGAACAAGCCGCAUCAGUUGAAAUAUUUAACUAUGAUACUUGUGCUUCGGGAAUCCGCCCGACAUUUGAGCGCCGACAUUUGAGCGCCCCGACAUUUGAGCGACUGACAUCUGAGCGACCGACACUUGAGCGCCCCGACAGUUGA